CCUUUGGCGCCUUAUCAACAGUUUCUGUAUCCUCCGUUUCCAUGGCUUCCUUUCACAUAUCCAAACCCUCCUCCACCACUUCCUCUUCCUCCUCCAUUCGCCACCGUUUCUAUUUCUCUGUUUUACCUCCAAUUUCGCUCAAAACCCAUACGAAAUUUAACUUUCUUUACACAAAUCCUUUGAGAUUAAUCCACAACUCUCAACACCCACCACUGACAUUUUCCAGGAGAUUGUUUCUCCCUUCAGUGUCUGGAAUCUGGGAUGCUUUUAGAGGAAACGACAAUGCCCGUGAAGCAAUUCUCGCCAUUCGUCGUGGAAUGCUACUCUUUAGACAGGGUGAUGUUUUGGGAUCUUUAGCAGAGUUCGAUAAGGCAAUAGAGCUUGAUCCUCGUCAAAAGGCUUAUCUUUGGCAAAGAGGGCUUUCGCUUUACUAUCUUGAUAGGUUUGAAGAUGGGGCAGAACAGUUCCGGUUUGAUGUUGCACAGAAUCCAAAUGACACAGAAGAGUCUAUAUGGUGCUUUCUUUGUGAAGCUAAGUUAUAUGGAGUUCAGGGAGCAAGGAAACGAUUUCUCAAGGUAGGGAGAGAUCCUCGGCCCGUCAUGCGGGAAACUUACAAUCUUUUCAAAGAUGGUGGUUAUCCAGAGAAGCUUGUAGCUGCAUUUUCUAAUGGCAGGGAGAGUGAAUAUUUCUAUGCUUCUUUAUAUGCCGGGCUUUAUCAUGAAUCUCAGAAUAAACUAGAUUCAGCCAAAUUUCAUAUAAUGGCUGCAUGUCAGUCUUCUUAUGGUCAAAGGUCAGAUGAUUAUAUGGUUUCCCUUGCCAAAGUGCACUGCCUUUGUCGAAAUUGGAGCACUGAAUAGAUCUUUUGGCUCUUGCUUUGGUAAUGUAAGAAGUUCAGAGCUGGAUGAGACAAGCUCAAACAGCAAGAAGAGCACUUGCAUAUGAUUGUCUGCUUUGUAGAUUAUUAUGGUGUUGAAAGCAUGGUUUUGUUCAUAAUUUUGUUUAAAAACAUAAUCGAAUGGUUGUAACAUAUUUGUCUUAACCUUUGCUUUAGCUUAAACAGCAUCAUUUAGGGAUUG